AAGAACACCUAAGUUGCUAUUCUCUGUAUCCGAGCUCUUCUGAUCUUCUUCCAUCAGACUGUGCCACCGCUCACUGUCUCUGUCUCUCUCUAUCCCUCCCUUUCCUUAUUCUUAUCCAGCAACUUUCGUGAUCAUGAUCCCCAUAUCACAACAAAACCAUGGAUGUCUCUAAUAGAUAUUGUCCGAUAUGAAUCUCCCCCUGCUUUGUCAGUACAUGUAAUCCCUUCGAGUUUCGCAAAAUCGAGAUAAUGUUUCUGUACAUAUAACCGAGAUGUUUUUCUCGAAUUGUUGCAAAAACGAAGAGAAUCCGAUGUUCGAGCUUGAGGUUUUUGCAGAAUUUGAAUGUAAAAGUUGACAUUUUAGGGGCAUUUGAGUGGGGGGUUUCUGUCCAAUUAGAGAAGAUGGUUAGUGGCAUGUUGGAGUUGGCUGCGGGUAGCAAACCCAGAAAUUUGCUUGAAGAUCUGGUAAGAGAAGGAUCAUUCAAAUGGUUGUUUGGCAAGCGGUGCUCUUUCAAUGAAGAAUUUGAAGAGAUGGUAAGGUCUCCAUCUGCUCAGAGGAAUUGGAUACCGGAGCUUUCUCCUGUUGCAAAUCUGGUCGUUCGUAGAUGCUCAAAAGUCCUUGGGGUUCCUUCAAGUGAGCUUCAAGAAUGCUUCAAUGCAGAGGCUGCUGACUUUGUAAAGCAUCCAUCAAUGUAUGCAAGGAACUUUUUGGAAUACUGCAGUUUCAGGACACUAUCUUUGUCAAUACAAGUAACAGGUCAUCUAGCUGAUAAAAAGUUUCGACGCUUAACAUAUGACAUGAUGCUAGCUUGGGAGGCUCCAGCUGCUGCCAGCCAACCUUUACUAAAUGUCAAUGAGGAUAUAUCUGUUGGGGGGGAGGCCUUCUCACGAAUAGCUUCAGCAGUCCCUAUUAUUGCAAACGUAAUCAUUAGUGAAAAUUUAUUUGAAGUGCUUACCAAAUCAACUGGGGGUCGGCUUCAGUUUUCUAUCUAUGACAAGUAUUUAAGUGGACUAGAAAGAGCUAUUAGAAAAAUGAAAAACCAAUCAGAGUCGUCUCUUCUUUCUGCUGUUCGAUCAGCAAGAGGAGAAAAGAUUCUGGAAGUAGAUGGAACAGUCACCACCCAACCUGUUCUUGAACAUGUAGGAAUGUCUACAUGGCCUGGUCGGUUAGUUCUGACAGACCAUGCACUUUACUUUGAAGCUCUCCAUAUUAUGUCCUAUAACAAGGCAAAAAGAUAUGAUUUAGCAGAUGAUCUGAAACAAGUUGUUAAACCUGAGAUGACUGGACCAUGGGGCACCCGACUUUUUGACAAGGCAGUGUCGUAUAAAUCAAUUUCCUUAUCAGAAUCAGUGGUAUUCGAGUUUCCUGAACUUAAAGGGCAUACUCGCCGUGAUUAUUGGCUAGCAAUUAUCCGAGAGAUUUUAUAUGUUCAUAGAUUUAUAAAUAAGUACCAGAUCAAUGGAGUUGAACGGGAAGAAGCACUUUCAAAGGCUGUACUUGGUAUUCUACGAAUACAAGCCGUCCAGGAUAUUGGUUUAGCUAUUCCUCUACAGUGUGAGACCCUUCUUGUGUUCAAUCUUUGCGACCAACUUCCAGGUGGAGACCUGAUCCUGGAAAGUUUUGCAAAUAUGUCAACCCUCAGAGAGUUGGACCAGACUAACAAUUCUAAGGCUAGUGGUGGAAUCUAUUCAGUCUCUGCCUUGGACGUGGUUUCUAACUUGGGGUUUGUGUUUGGAACAAGUUCAAAUAAUCCUACUGAGGCUGGGCUUGUUGUGGGUGAGAUAGCUGUGGGAGAGAUGAGUUCUUUGGAAAGAGCAGUUAGGGAAUCUAAAAAUAAUUAUGAAAAAGUGGUGCUAGCACAAACAACAAUUGACGGAGUUAAAGUGGAUGGCAUUGACACUAAUUUGGCACUGAUGAAGGAGUUACUCUCUCCGAUGAGGGAACUCGGGAAAUUCCUUCUGUCUCUGGUAAUUUGGGAUGAUCCUGUGAAGUCCUCGGUAUUCUGUUUAGUUUUCAGUUAUAUCAUUUGCAGGGGAUGGCUAGGUUACACCUUUGCUCUGAUGUUCAUCUUUGUUGCGGUUUUCAUGGUACUCACACAAUUUUGUGGCCAAGGAAUGCCUAUUGAUGAGGUUAAGGUGAUGGCACCUCCUGGAACAAAUACUAUGGAGCAGCUUUUGGCUUUUCAAAAUGCAAUUUCUCAAACUGAAGGGUUCAUCCAGGAUGUUAACAUUGUUCUUCUCAAGAUACGGGCCUUGCUGCUGUGCAUUUCCCCUCAGGUUUCUCUUUCUUCCUCUGUCCUUACUGUCUUUUGCACAGAACCCACUUUAGUCUCGCAAGUCAAACCUGCAGUGUCCACUUUGCCUCAGGCAAGCAAAAAACUUUCCGUUGCUCUCUUGACCACAGCCUUGAUUCUGGCCUUCAUACCUAGUAAGUACAUAGUUCUUUUGAUUUUCUUGGAAACUUUUACAAGAUAUUCACCUCCGAGGACAGCAAGCACGGAGAGAUGGAUGAGAAGGUUGAGAGAAUGGUGGUUCAGCAUACCAGCAGCUCCUGUGGUCCUUGAAAGAGAAAAAGAGGAGAAAAAGAGGAAGUGAUGCUGUAAUUUUGAGGGGUAUUGUUUCUAACUUUCUGCAAUUAGUGUACAUAUGUUUCUGGAAUGGGUUUUUUGUUUUUUCUCGACUUGCGGAUGCAACUUGUGAUUGUAAACAUCAGCAAUGAAAAAAGAAACACAAUAAGGGCAAAGAAGUUAUCUGUUUGGCCUGAAAGAUGUGAUGGCUUCAUGAAUAGAGAAAGAUCUGCGGCAAUCA